AUGAAAUUAGUGAAACCGCCUCUCUAGGUAAGAGAAAAAUAAUGGGACAAUCGUUUUUAUUUGGGAAAGCUGAGUGAUCACGAAAUUAAGAAAUAGUUUAUGAUUAAGAAGAAAUCAGUAAAAAGACCUACAUCUACAAAUAAAAUUGUGGUCGAUGAAAAAUCAUUAGCAAUACGACUUUAUGAAUUAUAAUUAUUGUGGGAAUAAUUCCGUAUUCCUCAAUUUCAUAGGGCCUACUUUCUUCAAUAUAAUGAAAAAGAUCUUGAAGCUAUUUUAAGAGAAACUGCUGAAAUCAAGUUGAAGUAAUCCAUAGUACAAAAGCUAAUGAGCUUGGUGAAAGGCAGGGAGAGAUGUUUGAAUUAUUUGAAAACUGAAACAUUUGAAGAACAUAAAUUCUCAGAACUUUUAUUUCAUCUCAGAAUUUUAACAGUCAAUGUUAUUGAGCAAUUUAAAAAAUGGAGAGAUUCCCUCAAUAGAUGUGUUCGCUGGAGAAUAGACGAAGUAGAUUAUCUCGUUAAAUUAAGAGGAGAUAUUGAUUUUCUAAAAGAAUUUUAUUAAGAUUACCAAAGAGACCCAUUUUUGUUAUGGCUCUACAAAUUAGGAAAGAAUGACCCAGUCCAUUCAAAUUACCAUCAAUUGCAGAAGGACAUGAUGAAAAGAAUUCGUGAUUGCGAAAUUUUACUCAUAGAGAAUGAUUACUUUGACAUGUAAACCAACAUUUUAUCGAGAAAGGAAGCUCAAUUGAUAAAUAAAUAUCUCAGAGAAUCAACACUACAAAUGGAAGACUAAAAAAGUUUGGAGUUAAAAAUUUUGAGUCCAAAUCAUAAACAGACUAAGACAGUUUAAAUUUAGGAUAAUCUGACUUUUGUUCCAUAAGUUGUAAGAAAUAAAGAGCAAUUCACUAAAUUGUUGAAUUAAAUAAAAAAUGACGGCGACAUUGAGUGCUCAUUUCCAAUAAGGGACAAUUUAUUUGAAUUGAUUGACUAUUAGGAUUCACAAAUCCUAGCCUUUAUGCAGCAUUCAAAAAUAAAAGGUAUCUGCAUUAGUUCGAAUGAACAGUCUGAAUAAUAUAGAAAAGUCAUUAUUGAAUAAAUUAAAUUAGAAAAUAUGUAACUGUUUCCUCAAUUCAUCUAAUAAAUAAGUGAUUAUUUACCUGGAAAUGAAAUUACUAUCAAACUGGUUCAUUAUAUUUAAAAUGAAAAAUUGAUUGAUUGUGAAUAUUUAAAAGUUGCUCUAAAACAAGAAGGAUUUAGAUGGAAGCAGUAGACAAAUGAUAGUGAAAAAAAUAUCAGAUAUACAAUUUAUUAUAAGAAGAAGGAAUAUCAGAAGUAAUAGAUGAAUCAAUUUACAUUUAAUUUCCAUGUUCAUAGCACAAAACUAAAUUAAUUGAUGCAAUUAGUGUAUAAUAAUAUCACUGACAGCACUGAUGUAGCUUAAAAAUUUAAACGUUAUGUUGAUUCAAGAAAAACUGAACAUAAUCCCCCUCAAAUAAAAUUGAAACCCAAUAUUUAAGAUGAUCGGGUGGUUUUAUUAGAUAUAAAAUUUAAAUUACCAUCCUUUAGAACAGAAGUGAGGAAUGAGUAUAAAUAUUACAGAAUUAUUUAAGAUCCUGAAAUAAGUAAUAUAUAUUUUACCGAAAUCGAUGGAUAAAUAAUUUAUGCUUUAUCUUUAUUGGACAAUGAUUAUUAUAUCCUUAUUUCUAAGGAUCAAAUCAAUCAUGAAACGAUUUAAAUAUCUUAGUUUUAACCAACAGAAUAGGAUCUCUCAAUACCAAUGUUUUAUUACAAAGAUGAAAUUGCUGAUGUUUUUAAUCAUCAUGUCAAUUUGUAAUUUGAGCACCUAAUGGCAGUCAAAAGAAAUGCGAAUAAAGAAAAAUAAUCCAUCGAAAUAGCACCAGAUUCCUUUUAUUUCUCCAUUUUGUACGAUAGCCAUAUGAUAAACUCCUUCAAAAUUAAGCAACAUCAUUUAAUUAAAUUUAAGCCAUUGAAGUCAUCAGUCAUGAUCAGUGAUGAUAUUAAGUUUGAUAAAUCUAAAUUUGUUAUACCCUGUUUGCCCUUAAUCCUUAAAAACCUAGAACCUGAGCCUUUAAAAAUCAUGAUCAAGAAUCAUGAAUGCAUUUGUGCUUUAGAUAAUUAUGCAAAUUUCAGAAAGUGGAUUAUUUAUACGAUUGUUGGUUGCCAAGAGAAUUAAUUGAAGGAUGUGCUUGAAUAGUUACUAACCUAGUUGACUCUAAUUGAUCCGAAUAUUCAAGAAGUUGGUAUUGACUUUUAUCAUGAAAUGGUGAAUGGAGAAUAUACAGUUAAUAAAAACAUCUAGAAAUAACUUACAUCUCUUGGGUUCAAGUGGAAAAUUCAAGUUAACGAAGCAAAUGAACACACAAGAUUUACUAAAUAUUCUUUAAAGUUACAGAGAGAAACAUAGGUAGUUGAUAACGUAGUGAUUCAAUAUUUUUGUACUUAAGACUUUGCAGACGUCAAUGUUUAGCCCCUAAUUUAAUAGUUUUCGAUAUUUUAUCAAACUUUGACUCAAUCUCAAUUAGUUGUAAAGAGGAACAAUUUAAUUCCCUUUUCAAAGUACUAUAAUAAGGACAUUCCCCCUGAAUUAUAGGCUGAUUAAAUGCUAGAAACCAAAAUUUCAUAAAUUUUAUAGAAUUGCAAGUAUGGAACAAAAAACAAAGUUGAUUACAUCAUUUUUAAUAGCUAAGUUAUUACAAGCAAUAAGCAUCCAGAAUUGGGAACUAUCUACUUUAUUUAACUCUUUGACAUCGUCCUCUGUUUCUAUCAAUUGGAGAAGGAACUUAAUACUGAACAAAUAGCCAAUUUGAUUUAAUAAUCUACAAGCGAUGAGAAUGAAAAAUAAGAAAGCUUAGGUGUUGAGUUCAUUCAAUACAGCAAAGCAGGUAGCAAUUACUCGAUGGAGAUCAACUUAAAUACAGAGAAACGCAUUACGAUAGAGACUUAAGAUUUUAAAACAAUAUCGAAACCUUACUUUAUUGGUGUAAUUGAGCCUAAUUGGUACGAGAAACAUAAUUAGAUGAUUGCAUCUAUGAUAAUUUUAUGA